AUGUAGGUUGAAUAGGUCCCCUCCCCCCCAUGUCCGCCCCUUCUACCCCGGAUCGUCCUGCAGCAGGAGCCAGUGUUAAGCGUUACUUCAGAAAGUGAGCCAUGGAGGAAGGUAGAGAGACGUCCGCGAUGGGCGAGCAGACGAAGACAGGUCGGCAGGCAGGUCGGCAGGCAGAUCACUACCAUCUUACAGUUGCUGAGACCAAAGCUCUGGAGAACUCUGACAGUGACAUCGGAAUGUGUGGGUGGAUGCUGGUGCUGUUCUCCAUCCUGCUGACCCUCCUCACCCUGCCCAUAUCCAUAUGGAUGUGCAUCAAGAUAGUGAAGGAGUACGAGCGGGCUAUAAUCUUUCGUCUGGGCCGUAUUUUGCGAGGAGGAGCCAAAGGACCAGGUCUUUUCUUUAUACUGCCCUGCACUGACAGCUUCAUUAAUGUGGACAUGCGCACCAUCACCUUUGACAUCCCCCCUCAGGAGGUCCUGACGAAAGACUCUGUGACAGUUAGCGUGGAUGGUGUGGUGUAUUAUCGGGUGCAGAACGCUACCUUGGCUGUGGCCAACAUCACCAAUGCUGAUGCUGCCACCCGCCUGCUGGCUCAGACCACCCUGAGGAACGUGCUCGGCACAAAGAACCUGGCUGAGAUCCUGUCUGAUCGUGAGGAGAUCGCCCAUAGCAUGCAGAGCACUUUGGAUGACGCGACUGAUGACUGGGGCAUUAAGGUGGAGCGGGUGGAAAUUAAAGACGUUAAACUACCACUGCAGCUCCAGAGAGCCAUGGCUGCUGAAGCCGAGGCAGCCAGAGAGGCCAGAGCUAAGGUGAUUGCUGCUGAGGGUGAGAUGAAUGCAUCUCGUGCACUGAAGGAAGCCUCUCUGGUGAUAGCAGAGUCUCCGUCUGCUCUGCAGCUGCGCUAUCUGCAGACCCUGAACACUAUCGCCGCUGAGAAAAACUCCACCAUAAUCUUCCCCCUGCCUAUCGACAUGAUGCAAAGUUUCCUCAAGCGCUGAGCUCCCAUCUUACACACACACACAAACAUAAUAACACACAGUAAUAUAAGAAUGCGCUUGAACACCCUGAGGACUUAUGCAACACAUGCAGAUGCAUUUACUGAAAUAUCUGACACGCAUUCAUACACAAACACACACACAAUCAUACUCUGGCUGUAGUGCAGUGGCUUUAGUGGAACUCCUAUUAAUCUGAUUCACAGUCAGCAACAGUGGUCAUCAGCUCUCCUGAAAGUCUUUCCUGAUGAGAAGUAGGAACCAACCCCUGUCCUGGAGAUCAAUCCUUUCUGUGUAGUGGUGCUCCAACCACAAUCUGCUAAACCUGCUUCAGAUCAUUAACUUCUUAUGAAGUCCCUGAUUGGCUGGAUUUGGUGCAUUAUGGUGCCAUGUGAUCCACCCAGUCAGGGACUUCUGAAGAAGUUAAUUAGUUGGAGCAAGUGUGGCAGAUGGUGAUUGGAGCUGGACUCCACAGGAAAAUAGGGGCUGCAGGACCUGGGGUGGUGACCACUGCCAUAGAAGAACCACUUUUAAAGCAUGGUUCUUUAGAGAAGCUGUAAGCUGUUAUAGAACCUUUGUAUUAUGUGAAGGUCUUUAAACCAUUGAAAGAUUCUUAACACAGAUAAUUUUUUCAAACAAACCAAAAUUCAUUCUUUGGCGUUGCGCAAAGAACUGACAUUUUUAUUAAAGAGUGUUUUUGGUUCCCCAUAGAUGAUUUCAGUGGCUAAAUACAAUGUGUAAGUUUAAAUAACCUUUUUUACACUUCCUCUAAAUAAUGUAAUGGUUCUAUAACAAGCUGUUGUUUUCCCUAGAACUACAUACUCAGGAUAUAUAUAUAUAUAUAUAUAUAUAUAAAAUGUAUGUGUGUAUGUCUCAGUGGCAAGAAAAAAAACCUUUUGGAAUUUUAUGGUUUUCUGCAUUAAUUUGUCAUAAUAUGUGAUUUGAUUCUCAUUUAAGUCAAGCAUAUUGACAAAUAUAAUGUGCCUAAAUUAAUAACACAAAAAAAAAAAUAUGAUCAUUCAUGUCUUCAUUGAGACCAACCAUAAAAACCUCAUGGUGCUACUGGAUAAAGUAUGUGAAC